AUGGUGUUGAACGCUGAGCUUUAUAUGUUGUGUCGUAGGAUCAAGGUGAACGACCAGAUCGUGGAGGUGGACGGCACCAGUCUGGUGGGGGUGACACAGAGCUUCGCUGCCUCCGUCCUGAGGAACACCCAGGGAGUGGUUUGUGAUUGGUCGAGAGCGUCCGGGUCAGGUGGCGAGGUGGCUGCUCUGAUCCAACAGACUCUGGAGCAGGAGAGGAGACAGAGAGAGUUGCUGGAGCAGCAGUAUGCCCAGUAUGACGCUGAUGACGAUGAGACUGGGGAGUACGCCACUGAUGAGGAGGAGGAGGCGGGGCCGGCCGCAGACGGUGGGGGGGAAGAGGAAGGUGACGGGGAGCAGAGCAUCGAGGUGUUCGAUUUGCCAGAAACAGAUGACAUCAUUUCCCCCUCAGAGUUGGACGCUACCAAACUCUACCAGACAUUCAGAGAGCUGCAGAUCAAGCACACUGUCACCGAGGCAGAGAUACAGAAGCUCAAAAACAAGCUUGCUGUGGUGGAGAGGGAGAAGGCGCGCUGGGAGAAGGAGAAGAGCCAGCUGAAGGCCAGCAUGGAGGAGAACAAGGAGAGGAUGCUGAAGCUGGAGAGUUACUGGAUCGAGGCCCAGACCCUGUGCCACACGGUCAACGAGCACCUGAAGGAGGCCCAGUGCCAGUACACCACCCUAGAGAAGAAGUACAACAAGGCCAAGAAACUCAUCAAGGACUUCCAGCAGAAAGAGGUGGAGUUUGUCCAGAAGGAGGAAGCAGAGAGGAAGAGGCUGGAGGAUACAGAGAAGGUCCACCUGGAGGAGAUUCAGGGACUGCAAGUCAGGAUUGCAGCCCUGGAGUCUGAGCUGAUGCAACUGAUGAAACAAAAUGGCAUCCAGAUGAACAACAACAACAACAGCGCCCAACAGCAGAGUCCUGGGAUGGCCGGCCCUGCAAGAGAGCUGAGUGAGGUGGUUCCCCACGCUGGAAGUAGACAGAGACUCUCCAGAGGACUACUACAGGACAGCAUCAGCUCUACAGAGGAAGAGGGCCCUUUUGACCGGGGCCCAUAG